AUGAGACAGGAUGGAGCAGCGGAUGAGAUUACUUUGCUUUCUCAUCCCCUAAGAAAAAAACUAAAGUUGGAGGGAGGCGGAGAGAACAGCCAUCCUUAUUUCCUCCCCACGUUUCCGCGGAAGGACCGGGGCUGCAGCGGGCUGGGAGAGGGCGCAGGACGAGACGGACCAAUAGCAGUCAACAGGCCCGGCCCGGCAGGGGAGGCCGGUUCUGCACUCCCCGCCCCACCCGGCCCGACUGUGGUCGCCUCGGCCCGGGCUCUCGGGGUGGGGGUGGGGCGGGGGUUCCCUGCCGGAGAAUCCUCCCCCGGGGCUGGCGGUGGGGGGGAGGGGACGGGAUCGGGGAAUGGAGGAUUAAGAAGGACUCGAGCUCGGCACGAGCGCGGCCGGCGCGAGGGAUCCUGGGUAAAAAGUGGCCGCGCGGCACCGGGAGAGCGCGGAGAGGAGCCAGGGUCAGAGGUCAGGGCCCUGGAGCCCCGCUUGCAGAGCCCCCCACGUGAACGCAGCGAGCAGGAGGAACCUUUUUGUUUUCUACCGCGCCAGCAUGCUCCCCUAUUGACCGAGCUGCUUUUCCCGGGCCGCUGGAGAGAGGAGCUCCAUCCCGAAUCUCCUAACCCCACCCCACCCCCGCCUUCCACCGCCAACACACUACCCAACUCUACCCUUCCUCUCUACUCACUUCCCAGCCCCCCGUACCGGCCUUGCAAUAACGCAGUAAAUUUGCUUUAA